AUGCCCGGGUUUAUCGGCAAGAAAUUGUGCCCAGAGCUGGAAAUCGUUCGUGGAGACUACAAGAAAUAUGGCGCGGAAAGUCGCGUCUUUUCCGGCAUCUUCGAGGAGUACGACCCCGAGCUGAGCAUGGGCUCCCUAGAUGAGGCCUACCUUGACAUCACCGAAUAUGUGGCCGAGCGGGCUGUUCCAAUAAAACGAAUUGCCCGAAAUGUUCGAAGGAGCGAUGGAUCGUGCAGGAUCAAGUGGAGUUUGGGAUCGGGCGUUAAGAGAUCGUGCGAGAGAUCCGGUACCGUUUUGAUCAAGCAACUGGGC